CGCAGUUUCGAAAAAGCAAUUACUCAAUUAGAGACGAAGUUUCAGACAUUUUUUAUCGCAGAAAACUGAAAGGAUCACUGGUUUGAUGGAAACGUGGACGUGGCUGCAAUAAGACUGAAAGAGAAAUAGUACAAACAAAAUAAAAAUUUGGUCGUCGUGUGAACUUUGGUGUCGUGACUCCCCAUGCUCUCCACUCCAUGCUGUUUCUCAGAUCAAUAAAACUAUGAAUACUACGAAUGGAAUGAUUUUGGGAGCUUAUACAGAAGAGAUUUGCUGCCAGAGUCAGCCAUCAUAACCACUCAAUAUGCAAGUUUUUCGUGUGGAAUUGUGGCACCAGCAACAAUCUCAGGAUCAUCACUUGGAAAGCAUCCCAUGUGUAAUUGGACUCUUCAGCUCGGAUGGAUGGAGCAACUGUGGAUGCCUGGCUGAUUUCCCAGGCAUAAAGGUGGCGUUGGGGGUUAAUUGUCUUUUUGCAGAAAUAAUAGACACGGCGACCAUGUCGAUCAAAGUUGUCCUUUUAUCCACUCUCGUCAAGAGAUUGGAGAGAUACCAGGGUGAGAGCGCAGUCUUAUAUGGCAUUAAAUCGGUCAAAACUGUGACAGUCGUGACGUUCCUCAAUCAACAGAAGGACGAUGAAAACUACGAAAAUAUACUGCCCGCUGGGCUAGAGAGAAUUGGAGCCUUUGGUCACAGACUGGAUGAAAUCAAUUCUGAUAAUGAUGUAGCUUUGAUUCAAGACGAGAAAUUGAAGUGCUACGUACAAGACAAAGAUGAUACUUUCAAGAAUGUUCCUUUCAAAACCGUGGAGAGUGUUGACCUGGCCACGCUGAGAAUACAGACAAAAAUUGCUGUACAGCUUUCGGCAAAGGAAGAAGAAACAGAUGGAUUCCUCGACAAGCUCUUGGACAAAAUCAAUUCUGAUGCAGCUUCAUUUGUGAUGGACAAGUCUAGGGUUGUGCUCUCAUGCAGCGGUGACAAAUCAAUACUGCAUGGGGCUCCACAAGAUGUCAACGUUGAAGAACUUACUACAUACAUUCAAGAAGAAGAGGAUGAAGAAAAUGUCAAGGCCAAGAAAAGAUCUGUCGACAAAGAUGUCACUCUGCUCUUCAAGCUGUUCUGGUCAACCGUUCCAGAAGAUGCAUCUACAGGUGUUCCACAGUGUGCACCCCUGAUCUAUCAUCAGCGAAGAAGUAGUAUGGUGUUCUGCCUCUCCUUUGAUACAAUCUCUGUAGUUCCUUGGUCUGACCCGGCAGAAAAUAUUGGGCCAAUUCUCUGCAUGGCCAUGACGCGCCAACUCAAACUCAUCAUGGAAGAUUUGAAGGAACAGCAACGUCACACAUCUAUCCGAAACAUCGAAAUCCCCAAAAUAUUCCAUUUUUAUCCCGAAUCAUUGCAGCAUUACGUUACGUUAGUCUAUCAUCCGCAGAGGAGUGAAAAAUCUUUAGAGGAUUACAGGAAAGAAGUCCACCAGUGGCUUGAUUUGCCACUGAUCCGCCCGGUGUUCAAACGUGGAAACAAGCACUGGUUCCAAGAGGAUUACGAAAACAAUCGCCAGUUGAUCAACACGCAUAUGGGUCUCAACUUGUCUGGUAGCGAUGUCGCUCUUGUUCAGGGUAGAUACGCUUACCAUCACUACAUGCAAGAUAAUUUCGACGAUAACGGCUGGGGUUGCGCUUAUAGAUCACUCCAGUCCAUUAUAUCUUGGUUCCGGCUCCAGGGGUAUGCGGAUCGCACGGUUCCAACACAUCAAGAAAUCCAGCAGUGUUUGGUAGAUAUUGGAGACAAACCACCUAGUUUCGUGAAAUCUAGACAAUGGAUUGGAUCAAUGGAAGUUUCAUUUUGCCUUCAGACGCUGAUCGGAGUCGAAUCGACUAUUCUUAAUGUGUCGAGUGGCGCCGAAAUGAGUUCAAAAGGACGGCAACUAGCCGAACAUUUCCGGACUCAUGGAACACCCAUCAUGAUCGGCGGUGGCGUUCUGGCCCACACCAUAAUUGGUAUCGAUUAUAACGAAGAUACGGGUGACGCACGAUUCCUCAUAUUAGAUCCGCAUUACACUGGAGGUGAAGACUUGCGAGUUAUUCAGAACAAGGGAUGGUGCAACUGGAAACCGUCGAGUUUCUGGAAAGCCGAUUCCUUCUACAACAUGUGCCUGCCACUAAGACCCACCACUUUUUAAAAAGAGAUGAAAUGUUUGGGUGGUAUUUAUCAACAUUGUUUCCUCCCGCCUCCGCAGGAAAUGUUAAUUGUUGCUUCCAUAUUGAAAUUUUUUCUUUAUUGGCUUGGUGCUGUUUAAUCUUUUAAUAAAUCCAUAAAGGUGGGCAAGUUUAUUUGGGUAA